AUGUUUGACUACGAUGACUUGGACAUGGCCGAGGAUGUUAAGCAGGUGGCGAUGACUGCGCCGGCACAGGAAAGCCUCAGGUCGUUGGUGGCGGACAUGAGUUCCCGAGUGGACAGCAUCAAGGCCCGAGUGGACCAGAAGGAGCGAGAUCGAGUUGAAGCUCCCCAUCGCCGCAGGAAGGCAACCGAUGCUGUUUCCACGGCUUCGCUGUCAUUUGCAGAGUUCCUUGGCAUCUCGCAGUCCCAGUCCAACCAGGAAGAGAGCUCUUCCAGGGGCCUUCGAGUUGCUCGCUCUCGCCCAUCCGGCAAGGAGCAGCAGAUGGUGGACUGCGAUGAAUACUUGGUCGUCUUGACGGGGGAAUUUCGGUUGGAGAAGGGAGACGAGAAGAUCAUGCUCCGUGAAGGUGAUGGCAUUUUCCUUGAGGCGGGCGAGAGAGUCGUUUGGACCUGGGACCGCACCGUGCAGUUCAUCACCAUCACUCUCCCUGAGCGUACCAGACAAGCAAAGACGACAGAGACUGGCAUCCAAACAGAACCCAGCAAGGCCUGUGGUGAGAAGUUCUGGGCAGAAGCUAGUGAAAGAGGCCAGUGGGGGACAGCAGCGGCCGCACGUCUUCAAAUUGUGUUGUUGUACUCCCUUGUCCAGCGGCUUGGCGCGGCGAUGGGCCCUCAGAUUCUUCCCUGGAGCUAUGUUGGGCUCUGGUGCUUCGAUCCGACCAAGGAGUCUGGCGAUUCAGCAGACACUACCGAUAUCAAAGAGGCAGUGCGUCCGUUGGUCCUGGGAGAGUCAUCUCUGGGUUUGAAGGGACCACUUCGUCACGUGACAUCACUUUCUGCAUUCGAGCAGCUAGCAGACAAAGCGGAGCGGCUGCGGCUCAGGCAGGAGAUGGAGGAGCGCGUGACAGACCGCCCGGCGCGCUAUGGAGCCCGACACCUCGCAACACCGGUCGUCGUUGUGUCGUCCGAGAUGAACCCCUGGUCGAAAACAGGCGGCCUGGCCAUGGUGGUGGAAAGCUACGCAUACGAGUUUGCGAUGCGAGGCCAUCGGACAAUGACGGUGACUCCCCGUUACGGCAACUACACCAACUGCAAGCCGGUCGGCUCGACCAAGGUUUGGCUGGCUGGACAAGAACAUGAAGUGGUUUUCUACCAUCAGCGACAGGAUUUUGGCAAUGGCCGCGGCUGCGAUUAUGUCUUCGUAGACCACAGCUGCUUCCAUCGUCCGCAAGGUCUCUAUGGAGAUCCUGCCAGUGGCGAGUACCCGGACAAUGCUUUCCGAUUCUCCUUGCUGUGUGUAGCUGCCACAGAAGCUCCAUUAGUCUUGAACCUGGGUGGCUCCAUUUUCGGUCAAGAGGUCUGCUUCAUUGCCAAUGAUUGGCAGACUGGCAUGCUCCCUGCUUACCUCUUCUACAAGUACAAACGGAACGGCACCUACCUCAAGGCGCGAUGUCUCAUGGUGCUACACAACAUGGGGUAUCAAGGAAAAUAUCGGAUGAGCCAGCACCCGAUGGACAGGUUCUUCGGGCUUCCUUCCGAUGCAAGCAAGGACCUGGAAGGUGAAGACCUUCACUUUGGCACGGACUGUGUGAACCUCUUGGGUGCGGGCAUCCGGAUGGCGGAUCGUGUCGUGUCGGCUCCUCGAGACUGGUCACGAGACUCGACACCGUGA